GGGGAGUGGCCGGGAGCCUGGAACUCCGCGGCUGCACCGAGACCCCGCCUCCGCCCCACCCCCGCCCGUCCCCUUCGCAAGAGGGACGCAAGCCAGAAGGGGAGAGGGGGAGUCAGAAAAAGGGAGGAGGCGGCGGCGCUGGAGUGUUCCUUUCGGGGACCGGCCGACGCCGGGGCGAGGACAUCGCUCCGCACAGCUCUUCCUCCCUCCUCCAAGCCGUCCCUUCUCGCCAUGUCUCAGAGCAGGCAUCGCGCCGCGGCCCCGCCGCUGGAGCGCGAGGACAGUGAGACCUUCAGUUUGGGAAAGAUGAUUACAGCCAAGCCAGGGAAAACCCCGAUUCAGGUAUUACACGAAUACGGCAUGAAGACCAAGAACAUCCCGGUAUACGAAUGUGAGAGAUCCGAUGUUCAAAUACACGUCCCCACUUUCACCUUCAGAGUAACCGUUGGUGACAUAACCUGUACAGGUGAAGGUACAAGUAAGAAGCUGGCGAAACAUAGAGCUGCAGAAGCUGCCAUAAACAUUUUGAAAGCCAAUGCAAGUAUUUGCUUUGCAGUUCCUGACCCUUUAAUGCCUGAUCCUUCUAAGCAACCAAAGAAUCAGCUUAAUCCGAUUGGUUCAUUACAGGAAUUGGCUAUUCAUCAUGGCUGGAGACUUCCUGAGUAUACCCUUUCCCAGGAGGGCGGACCUGCUCAUAAGAGAGAAUAUACCACAAUUUGCAGGCUGGAGUCAUUUAUGGAAACUGGAAAGGGAGCAUCAAAAAAACAAGCCAAGAGAAAUGCCGCUGAGAAGUUUCUUGCCAAAUUCAGUAACAUUUCUCCAGAGAACCACAUUUCUUUAACAAAUGUAGUAGGGCAUUCUUUAGGAUGUACUUGGCAUUCCUUGAGGAAUUCUCCUGGUGAGAAGAUCAACUUACUGAAAAGAAGCCUUCUCAGUAUUCCAAAUACAGAUUACAUCCAGCUACUUAGUGAAAUCGCCAAGGAACAAGGUUUUAAUAUAACAUAUUUGGAUAUAGAGGAACUGAGUGCCAAUGGACAGUAUCAGUGUCUCGCUGAACUGUCUACCAGUCCCAUCACAGUUUGUCAUGGCUCUGGGAUCUCCUGUGGCAAUGCACAGAGUGAUGCAGCUCACAAUGCUUUGCAGUAUUUAAAGAUAAUAGCAGAAAGGAAGUAAACUUGGAGCAACUUAGAAAGCCCUUCAGCAGCACAUAAAAAGUUCCCCUUUCACUCCUUCCCAAGUAAAAUGUUUACUGUAAUGUUUGACUUUGUGUGUUGUUUCUAAAUCUCUUCAUAGAUUCCUUCAACACUCCAGAUGUAAUUAUCUCCUGGUAGUUGUUAUUAAGCUCUUUUUAAUGGCUUCAACUUUGUAUUGGUAUAUUGUAUUUCUAAACUUUGUACCAUAGGCAGAGUGUAGCACCCAUUUACAAUGCCAUGUACAUAGAAGGAAGAAACUGCAUGUUUAUUGAUGAUGGUGAUGAUGGUAAUGAUGAUGAUGAUGAUGAUGAAGAAUAAAUAAAACUGCUGCUAACAACAGUCUUUCUUACUGGUGCUUAACCUCUUCUUUGUGCACGGCUUUGUAAAGGGAAUUUGAAGGAAGCCCCUUAGAAUUAGAGUGUUGAGGAAUGUACUAACAGGCUUUUAUUGAAUGUGAUUGUUAAAUGUCAAGGAAUAUUGAUUGGUCUGCUGUGUAUCCAUGUAAUAAAGAGCUGUUGUUAUAAUG